UGCAUCGCACUGAAGGCGAGAGAGUGUGUUUCUCUCACCGGUGUCUGCUUUCAGUGACACUUCCUCACGAAGGGGAUCGUCGUUUAAGCUAUAGUCUAUGCUUGAAGCACAGCUGGUACCACAGGGUGUGUAAUGUCACAUAGGAGUUUCGAUUAUUUUUGUAUCUUUUUCCAGACACAGAAAAAACAACCCCAUCGGCUCAUUGUCCUGUGCCUCGCCUAACUUUGGACGGUCCGUAUCGGGCUCUCUUUAUCCUGGUUAGUGUCGCUUGCACUUGGAGGCUGACUUUUUGGGUUGGAUAUGGGUGAAAUCUGCUCAAGGCGCGGGUAAUGACACAUAUAAAAGGAUGACGGACAAGGAAGCUUUAAAGGGACUCUUCUCUCUGUCAAUUGCAUGGUGUUGUCUGAUCUCAGUUUCUGGAGAGGUCAUCUCUCAAGACACCUACCUAAAUACUCUGCAGAGUGCAGCUCCUCUGUCCUGUUCAGAGGGCUUCACUGAGCUGGGUUACUACAAUGGCUCCGUGUCUCAGACUGACUCUGGUUCGCCCUGCUUAAAGUGGACAGAGUUCCCAGACUACGUCCUGCAGUACCCGAGCCGGGGGCUGGGCGACCACAGCUACUGCCGCAACCCAGACCGUGAAUCCAACCCCUGGUGCUUCUUCCGCCAGAGCUCUGGGGCCAUCGGCUGGGCCUACUGCGACUGCCACCAGGGAGCUGUCAGGUUGGUAGGUGGGUCCUCCCCUCAGAGCGGGCGUCUGGAGGUAUACCUAAAUGGCCAGUGGGGGGCUGUAUGUGAUACACACUGGACCGACCGCGAUGCCAGUGUGAUCUGCAAACAGCUUGGACUGGGUGAGAUCGGCACAGCCCUCCAGCACUCCUAUUUCGGGCCCGGCUCUGGACUCUUCCACUAUGAACACCUGGGCUGCCGUGGCAACGAAAACUCUCUGCUGGACUGCAGGAGUCGGAAGUUUGUCACUAGCGACUGUAACCAUGGCAACGAAGCGGGGUUGGUGUGUGCUGCACCUGAAGGCAAUGGCGCCCCCUUGAGGUUGGUAGGUGGCCUGGAGGACUUUGAGGGUCGUGUGGAGGUGUACCAUGAUGGGAGGUGGGGCACCAUCUGUGAUGACCAGUGGGAUGACAUCGAUGCUGAAGUUGUCUGUCGGCAGUUGGGCCUUGGGGGGGUACCAAAAGCGUGGACGUGGGCCCACUUUGGUCAGGGCUCUGGACCCAUCUUCCUUGACAGGUUGCAGUGUACAGGCAACGAGCUUUCCCUGGAGGAGUGUCCCCACAACAACUGGCAACAACACAACUGUGACCACAUGGAGGAUGCUGGCGUGUCCUGUAACCCAUAUACAGAUGGUGUGGUGCGGCUGGUGGGGUCUGACAGUCCCUGGGAAGGUCGUCUGGAGGUGUACCACUCUGGGGACUGGGGUACGGUGUGUGACGACAACUGGACUGAGCACCACGCACAAGUGGUCUGUAGACAGCUGGGCUUCAGAGGGCGUGCAGAGGUGGCGUCAGACGGGCUGUAUGGGGAGGGCACAGGGCUAAUCCUGCUGGAUGAGGUGCAGUGUAAGGGCUCAGAGGACACCCUGCUGUCCUGCUGGCACGCCGAGUGGGGACGCCACGACUGCUCCCACAGCGAGGACGUAGGGGUGCGCUGUGAGAGAGGAGGUGAAACCAACGAGGUGCCAGGGCUGCCACAGAUCACAGGCCCUCUGGUGCGACUGGUUGCUGGAGAGAGCCGGAAGGAAGGGCGUGUGGAAGUGUUUCUGAAUGGCCAAUGGGGGAGCGUGUGCGAUGACGGCUGGAAUGACAUCAACGCUGCAGUGGUCUGCAGGCAGCUGGGAUUUCUUGGGGUGUCCAAGUCUCGCUCCAUGGCCUAUUUUGGAGAAGGCCAGGGCCUUAUCCACCUGGACAAUGUUAGGUGCACAGGGGCUGAGGCGUCCCUGGGGGAGUGUCCGGCCGAGGGAGAAGAUGCCCAUGACUGCCGGCAUAGUGAGGAUGCAGGGGUCAUCUGUGACUACGUCCCCGAACCGGUGGGGGACGGCGCCAUAAUAACGCAGACCUGUGGCAUGAGGCCAAACACACAGCGACGCAGGAGGAGGAUUAUUGGUGGGGACAAGUCAAUCAGAGGGGACUGGCCUUGGCAGGUGUCUCUGUGGCUCAAGUCCCAGUCCAAAGGGAACCAUCCACUGUGUGGAGCCACGCUCAUCAACUCCUGCUGGGUCCUGACUGCUGCACACUGCUUCAAGAGGUUUGGCAGGGACCCAUCUCGCUACGUGCUGCGACUGGGUGACUACCACACGGAGGAGAGGGAUGACUUUGAGCGCAGCCUGUCCCCAGAGCUCAUCGUCAUCCACAGGAAGUACCACAGCCAGGGCUCGGAGUAUGAUAUCGCCCUACUCAGGCUGAAAGGCACAGAGGGCAACUGUGUGGCCUUCAACCCUCAUACCAACUCAGCCUGCCUCCCUGCGCCUGGCAACAAGUGGGGCAAGAGGCCUGCCGCCUGUGUCAUCACAGGGUGGGGCAUCACAGACUCGGAGUACUCCCGUACUCUGCUGCAGGCCUGGGUUCCCCUGCUGCCCACCUGGAAGUGUAAAAAGCGAUACGGCGAGCGCUACACCAGCCGCAUGCUGUGUGCGGGCAGCCUUUCGGACAGUCGGCGCGUGGACAGUUGCCAGGGUGACAGUGGUGGUCCCCUAGUAUGUCAGGGGGAGGGUGGGCGCUGGGUGCUGACGGGGAUCAUCUCCUGGGGUCAUGGCUGUGGUGACCCCUCCUUCCCCGGGGUGUACACGCGGGUCAGCAGGUUCCUGCGCUGGAUUGACCAGGUCACCAACAACCCACCGAAAAUCUGAUGUGCCAUUGGACAGCCAUUGUUAUCACAUGAAUUUGGGGUUGAGGUGGAGGUGGGGAGAUUAAAGGAGCAGUGGCCGGUUAGAGAGGGUUACCACACCCUGGUAUCUGCUCCUGGUCUCACCCACAUCCAGCAGUGUGCUUUUAAGUCCCUUUUUUUGCCUACACUUGGAGAAGCCUGUAAAUGGCAUUGAGCAUUCUUGAUUACGUGGAAUUACCACUUUAACGAGAGCAUUUAAUGCACCAAAAAGCCAGACUGCAUAGGUGAAUGACAUUGCACUAUAAUGCAUGCCAUACUAUCACCCUGCAACACCUGUGAAUGGCCAAUUAAUGGUGCCAUUGGUAGUAAGUCUAGUCAGGAGCAUUAGGUGGAAUAUCUUUAAGGUACAAGAUUGUAUAUGUAAAGUACAAACAGACAUGUGGCUUUUAAAUGAAUAUGGUUUCAUGAACAUUCCAGUUGUUCAUGCAUUUUAACUUAAGCCUACACUAAUGUGCUCCACUCUUGAUCGAAACAAUUGGUCAAAUUAGUCAGUGUACAGAUCGCUGGUUUAGACCAUAGGAGAGGCAUGAGUGGGCCUUUACGAGGCUCUGUAUACGUGGCAAUGAUGACAUGGCUACUCACAAUGACUUAAAUGAGGUCCUGCCUGUUUGCCUGCCUACCCACAGUAUCUAUCUGUCUACCACUUUUUCUUAGAAGCUGCACAUCCCUACUAUCAGUGUUAUGUGAAGCCAGUCCUGGGACAGAUCCACUAUCUUUGUUUAUCCACUCUUUGUACUGUAAGACAAUCAUUGUGUGUGUGUGUGUGUGUGUGUGUGUGUGUGUGUGUGUGUGUGUGUGUGUGUGAGAGAGAACGUUUCUGUGUGAGUGUAUGUGUGUGUUUGCGUGCUUGCGUGUUUGCACUGUCAAUUAAUGGUUCAUACAGCAUCUCAAUUCAGGCCUUAGACCAUAUCUUUGUGUUUUUGUCUCAAGUUGCAGUGCAAUUGCCAAAUGAUCAAUGCAAUCUUCUCAUCAUUCUUAUAAUUUAUUGACACACAUGAACACAUCGUACAGACUUACAAAGCCUACACAGUGCUGACGUUGCAUUUGUUCUAUGUUUUACCUGGUCACAUUCCACUCUGCUACUGAAUAGAUGUCUAGAAAUGUAACCACACAUGCUCAAUACCCCUAAGCUUCAUGUGGUAAUUACUAAUGCAAACUUCUAAACUAUCUGGCUGUUUAGUACUCUAAUCUAUCCUGAUAGUAAAUAGAUCUAACUACUUCCUAAUACCACCUGUACACUUGAUGGAAUGUUCUUUUACAAUUUAACAUCCAAACGUUAUUUCGUUUUAUGGGGCUUUCAGUCACAUGACUGCAUGUUUUCGAUUGUCACUGAACAGCACAACUAAUUAUUUUGUGAUAUGACAUCUGUGAUUUGCUUUUGCACAUGCAUUUUGACACAUAAUAAAGUUCCUUUCUAUACUUCCUUUAGAAUUCUGAAAUGCUAAUCUGUACAUGAUGAAAAUGAGUUACACAAACAUGAUGUGGUGCAAUUUUGAAAGCUUCAAAUGAUGAAAUAUACACUGAGUAUACUAAACAUUAGGAACACCCCCCCCCCCCCCAAUGCUUCCCACAGUCAAGUUGGCUGGAUGUCCUUUGGGUGGUGGACCAUUCUUAAUACACACGGGAAACUGUUGAAUGUGAAAGACCCAGCAGGGUUACCAUUCUUGACACAAACCGGUGCUCCUGGCACCUAUUACCAUACCCUGUUCAAAGGCACUCCUUGCCCAUUCACCCUUGAAUGGCACACAUACACAAUCCAUGUCUCAAUUGUUUCAAGACUUAAAAAUCCUUCUUUAACCUGUCUCCUCCCCUUCAUCUACACUGAUUGAAGUGGAUUUAACAAGUGAAUUCAAUAAGGGAUCACAGCUUUCACCUGAAUUCACCUGGUAAUUCUAUGUCGUGGAAAGAACGUGUUGUUAAUGUUUUGUAUAUUCAGUGUAUAUGCAAUAUUUCAAAUGGUCUGCUAGAAAAGUUAUUGGUGAGUGGAGUGGAAAAUUCCCUUUUCUAAUGUGCCAUCAUUGAAUAUAAAUAUUAGACAGUAUGCCAAAAUAAAAGCAGUACAUCUUCAGACUCAUAUCUUGCAAGUACUCUAUAUAAUACCUUGAAUGUGAACGUGUAUGUACUGUAUAAUGUGCUUUUGAGAGGUGUCAUUAAAUAUCUGCAUCACA